CUCCUCCCUCUUAGGUCACUCUUUCAGCCCUUGAAUAAAAACUGCACCCAACUUCCCAGGCGCCCUCAUUGCCCAGCCGGACCCCAGCCCCUGAUAGGUUCCGUCCGGCCCGCUCGCCCCGUGUUCCGCCGGCCCCUGCCCAGUGCCCCCGACCCUCCGGCGCCCCGCGCUCGCUCUCUCGGUUCGCUCACACCAUGGACAAGUUUUGGGGGCGCUUUGCCUGGGGACUGUGCCUCCUGCAGCUGAGCCUGGCGCAGAUCGAUUUGAAUAUAACCUGCCGAUAUGCGGGUGUGUUCCACGUGGAGAAGAACGGUCGUUACAGCAUCUCCAGGACGGAGGCUCCUGACCUCUGCAAGGCUUUCAACAGCAGCCUGCCCACCAUGGACCAGAUGGAGAAAGCCCUGAAAGUCGGGUUUGAGACCUGCAGGUACGGGUUCAUAGAAGGGCAUGUGGUGAUCCCCCGUAUCCACCCUAACUCCAUCUGUGCGGCCAACAACACAGGGGUGUACAUCCUCACAUCCAACACCUCCCAGUAUGACACGUACUGCUUCAAUGCUUCAGCUCCACCUGAAGAAGAUUGUACAUCGGUCACACACAUGCCCAAUGCCUUUGAAGGACCAAUUACCAUAACCAUUGUCAACCGCGAUGGCACCCGCUACAGCCAGACGGGGGAAUACAGAACGAACCCUGAAGACAUCAACCCCAGCACCCCCGCUGACGAUGACGUGAGCAGUGGCUCCUCCAGCGAGAGGAGCACUUCGGGAGGCUACAUCUUCCACACCCUCCUUCCAACUGUGUACCCGACCCAGGACCAAGACAGUACCGGGGUGUCUGACAACCCAGAGAAUACCCCCAUUACCAUUACCUCAGCUAUGCACUCAAACAGCCAAGCAGCAGUUCAGGAGCAAAUGCAUUGGAUGUGGUCCUGGUUUGGUAACUCACAGCCUAAGACUCAGGAUCACACAGCAGCAGCAACAACAGCUUUGAUGAGCACUAGUGGUACAAGUCCCAAAACAGCAACCAAGAGGCGAGAAGCCCAGGACUGGCUUUCAUGGUGGUUUCAACCAUCAGAGUCCAAGAAUCAUCUUCACACAACAACGAUAAUGACUGGUACGGAUUCAAAUAUCAUCUCAGCAGGCUGGGAACCAACUGAAGAAAAUGAAGAUGAAAGAGACAAACACCCCAGUUAUUCUGGAUCAGGCAUUGAUGAUGAUGAAGAUUUUAUCUCCAGCACCAUUCCAACCACACCACGGCUUUUUAGCCACCCAAAACAGAACCAGGAUUGGACUUCGCGGAGCCCCGGUGAAUCGAAUCCAGGAGUAUUACUUCAGACUACUACAAGGAUGACUGCCCCAGCCCAAGACGGCCAUCUAGAUCAAAGAACGACAACGCAGAGUCAAGAGGACAGCUCCUGGACGUAUUUCUUUGACCCCAUCUCACAUCCAAUGGGACGAGGUCAUCAAACAGAAAGAUGGAUGGAUACGGACUCCAGCCAUAGUACAACACAUCAGCCUUCUGCAGAUCCAAACACACAUUUGGUGGAAGACUUGGACAGGACAGGACCUCUUUCAGUGACAGCUCAGCAGAGUCAGACUCAUAGCUUCUCUACCUCACAUGGAGGCUUGGAAGAAGAUAAAGACCAGCCAGUGACUUCUGCUCCAACAUCUAGCAGUAAGGAUGAUAGUACUGAUGGCAGAGGCGGAAGAAGAGGGGGACAUCUUCCUGAAGACUCAGCUACUUCAGUGGAAGGCUCUACUUCUCACUCACCUGCCACGGGGGAAUACAGGACCCUCAUCCCAGUGACCCCUGCCAACACGGGGUCGCCUGGAGUUACUGAAGUCAUUAUCGCUGGAGAUCCCAAUUCUAACGUUAUUCAUUUCUUUUCAGAAGACCAGGACUCAUCGGUUCACCCCAGUGGAACAUCCCAUACCACUCAUGGAUCAGAAUCAGCUGGACACUCAAGUGGGAGUCAAGAAGGUGGGGCAAACACGACCUCGGGUCCUAUGCGGAAACCUCAAAUUCCAGAAUGGCUCAUCAUCUUGGCCUCCCUCCUGGCCUUGGCUUUGAUUCUUGCCGUUUGCAUCGCUGUCAAUAGUCGAAGAAGGUGUGGGCAGAAGAAGAAGCUGGUGAUUAAUAAUGGCAAUGGAGCGGUGGGGGACAGGAAGCCAAGCGGAAUCAACGGAGAGGCCAGCAAGUCUCAGGAGAUGGUGCACUUGGUGAACAAGGAGCCCUCGGAGACCCCCGAUCAGUUUAUGACAGCCGACGAGACGCGGAACCUGCAGAACGUGGACAUGAAGAUUGGGGUGUAACACCCAUGCCGUGGUGACCUUGGAGAGAAAUAGCACUUGGAGACAUCACCUUAAGAAGGAGCUGGGACACUUCACAGAUGUGACGUGCUACUGAUUGUUUCAUUUGGGGAUUUUUUUUUUAGUAUAAAAUUUUCUACUCCUUUUUGGUUUUUUGCAUUUUGUUUUUUAAAGUCAGGUCCAGUUUAUAAAAACAGCAUUGCUUUCUGAAAUGAGGACCCAACUGAUAACCUGCAAGAAUUUGACUGUUUCAGGUCCCACCUAGAAGCCUCUACCCCGUAGGGCGUGCUCUGGAUGGCUUCUAACAAAAGCCACAAAUACGUCUUCCUGAUCCCGGCCAUCCUUCCGCUCCUCCUCCCAGGCAGCAACCACCUGCUAUACAUGUCCCCCAGACCUAAGAGGGGUUGGUCCCUGGGAGGAUAUUUGAAUCAGUCCACAUCCCCGCCCCCCCUCCCUGCAGCCCAUACCUGGGCAUUUCUUUCCAGUGGGCUAGGGGUCAGAAUGUACUGGUUACAAAGCCCCUUCUACAGAACCCCUGGAAAUUUUUCAUGUGCUUCUGGGAAAUACCCAAAAGGUGAAGCUAUUUAUCUGUAGGAAGCUAUUUAUCUGUGUUUUUGAAAUAUUAAACCCUGGAGGUCCUUUGAUUAGUAUGAUUUUUUUUUUUUUUUUGUUACUUUGUCAGAGGCAUAAAGGGUUCAAGCUGAUUCAUAAUAAACAUCUGUACUUCUUCCACCUUAA